AUGAGCCUACCAGUGUCAGCUAUGGUGUUCUCUGAAAACAAUGUAAGAGUAGCUGAAGAACGGUACCGAAGAGGCAAUCCGAAAGGAGCCCUUGAAGUUCUUCAUGCACUAACAUUUGUUUUCCCAAACACCUCUACGAACCAUCGUAAGAUCUCGCAGGUUUACCUGGCUCAUCAAAUUCACUGGAGGUUCAUAAACGCCAGCAGUUUUACACUCCACGACGUCCUCGGACUCCCCCCGUUCUGUAGCUAUCAAACAGCCCGUAGACAGUACAUGAACAUUGUGGCUAAGCUCUGCCCCGAGAAAAACAAAUCUGUUGCUGCCAAGUUAGCUUUCAAGAUCAUCAACGCAACGUGGAUGGCAUUGUAUGGUCCUGAGGAGGGGAGUGGGGUUGGCAACAUCGAACGAGAGUUAGGGAUCAUGUUUCAAGAAGAUGAACCGCCUCAUCAAUCAGUGAGGGAGGGAAAACGUCCUUGUGUUAAUAUCAUCGACACUGACUCUGAUUCUGAUUAG